AUGGCGACUAGACCAAAGGGAUACGGACUGACACGCGAAUUGGCGGACAAAAUUAAUGCCAAGUACUCGAUAGAAGACGAGCAAGAGAUCAUCGCCUGGCUAUGCGACAUCACAAACGUCGAUGGCCCAAACGAAGAAGGCCCUGAAGCUUUCCGACAAUGGCUCUCCGAUGGAACAAUUUUAUGCGCUCUAAUGGACGUCCUUCAGCCGGGAAUAUGUAAACGCCCGCAUGACGUCAGCAAAAUUAAAUUACAGGCGCUGAGAGGACACAAAGCAAAUGAAAAUAUUUCAUUCUUUCUUCAAGCAGCGCAGAACUACGGUGUGCCGAGCAGCAACUUGUUUCAAACUGUCGAUUUGACCGAUGGUCAGAAUAUGGCACAGGUCCAGACAGGACUGUAUAAUAUUGGAUCGAUGGCCCAGAAAAAGAAAUUCGAAGGCCCGGUUAUUGGAGCAAAAAUGGCCGACGAAAACCGUCGAGAUUUUUCAGAAGCGACCCUUCAAGCGGGCAAAAACAUCAUCAGUCUUCAGAUGGGCACUAAUCAAGUGGCCUCCCAAAAAGGGAUGACUCCUUAUGGCCUCGGACGCCAGAUGAUCACAAAAGAAACCGGCUAG